GAUGCUGUUUUGCGGUCUUGUGAUUGGUUAUCGUAAUUAUUUUCACACGCGCGCUGACAGCCAGAGCAUCCCAUCUUGUCACGCGCGUGUAAACCACCAGCUCCCGCCAAACGCCUUCUGCCACAAUCUGCUUCAGUUAUGUAUAUGAAAACAUGGAGCUAUCAAAGAGCGAAGACACUUCAGAUGAUUCAAAGAGGUCAAGUAAGGCACAUGGCCGAUGUAAAUGGCCUGAAGAGCACAAAUCUCAUAACACCCCGAAUAAUGGAUUUGUGAAUAUACAGAGCACUGAUAAAAGCCCAUACUCACUGCCUGUGCCAGACACUCUGGACGUACACUCGCAAGAGAUUAGUGACACACUCUCAAAAGGUCACAGACGACUCCGUGGCUCUGUUAAAAGAAGCAGAACCCAUGACUGUGUGAGAGAAAUUAGACCGCAGCCAACUGAGAGCCCUAGAGACAAAGAUGCGACCAACUGGCGCCAUGACCAUAAGCUAGUGACCAGUGUCAGCUUUUCAGGAUUCGAGGCACCUCUAAGGUUGCUUCGUGAGAAUCGGGAUACAUCUGGCAGCAGUCACGAAAUCAUUGAUUAUCGUAACCUAACACCUCAAGUGCCCUUUGUGCCCUGCAUAGCCAAAUCCAUUCCUAAAAAGAGGAUCUCCCUGAGGAAGCCCAGAAAGGCCAUUAAGGAUUUAUUCGUUCACAAAAGACACAAACAUGAGAAAGCUACUUCACCGAGUACACCGUGCCAUGUUGCAGGUGAAAAUGUUCCAACAUUGAAACGUACGAGGAAGACGGCAAGGCACAGAGAACAUGCACUUGCAAGAAGCAGGUACAAUGAUAAUUUCAGUGAGACUCCCUCCGAUUCUUCCAGUGAAUGUUUUGCCAAUGUCUGUGAGGAUUCUGCCUCAUUAAAAAGCUUUGGAUCUCAGGCUGGUUGUGGUGAGAUAUUUGCUGAUGAUCUUGUAUCUCCGGAGGGCAUCUUUAGCCCUGAGCGUGACAAAGAUUCCUUUGAAGCUCCGAGGCGAAGCCCUACUACUGCAGGUUUACAGGGAGGAAAGGAGUGUCUGGCCUCUCCAGCUCAUGGUGAGGUAUUGGACAUGUUUGGGUUGUGGGAAACCCUAAACAGAACUUUGCAUUUAGGGCACAGCUCAAAAGCUACGGAAAAUGUAACAAAACCCACAACACCUGUCAUGAAAUCUCCUUCCACAUCCACGUCUGAAGAUGUAAUGGUAAAUACACCCCAAUCUGUACAAUCCGAGAUCAGGGAACUUAAUACUAAUGUGGUAACUCCUAAAAGUGACAACCAAGGGAACACCAGUGAUGAGGGCUACUGUGAUUAUGUGUCUCCUGGUUUUGAGGACCACAGCAGAAGUUCCCUCACUCCAGUGCAUUCCAACAAGAUCCCUAGGGACACGUACAGUGGAGAUGCUCUUUAUGAGCUAUUCUGUGACCCCAGCGAGACAGAAAUAACCCCGAUCUUUGAUGAUGAAAUCAACCUAACAGACAGGAUUGUUGGCCAGUGCAGUGAUUAUCCAUUAUCCAUGUACAGCUUCCACGUUGGAGCAGAGGAAAAUCUUGCCCCACCUUUGGCUCGGGACUUUGUUGGUCAAGAGCUUCUGGAAAGUAAAUGGACGGGGAAGGAUUGCUUACUAAAGCUUUGCGACACUGAGAUAUCUCUGGCUAUGGGUAUAGUUAACUGGCUGAAGCAUAGGACAGACAAAAACAACCCAACAGACCUAAGAUCUUCACAAAGUAGUGCUGAAGGAGAUUUAUUUCUGGGAUGCAAAACCCAGUCAGCAAGGGUUAGAAAACCACCAAGAGGAGCAAGAACUGUUAAUGGUAGAGGAGAUACAAUUAAUCUUAAAGAGCCAAGUAAGCAAAUUGUUGGUGUUCAGCCCUUAAAAUAUGAUGCAAACACAGUGAUGUCAACAUUGGCCUCUCCAGAGAAUCAACCCAAGACCCCAACGAGUGGUGUGUGUUUCAGAAUAUUCAAUGUCGACUCUCCAAUGACUCCAGGUGGAGAUUUGCAGUCUCCAGUAGUAAGCUCCCCUGGCUCUGGGACAAAGUCUUUGUUUGUGUUGGCCAUAAACAAGGAAUCUCUUUGUGAAUUUUGCAAGAGUUCCCUGAAAAACGGAGCUAAAGAUCUGCACCUGUGCCGUUCUUGUAUGUCCCUGAUUGAGCAUAUCAAAACGUCAGACCUUUGGGCCCGUGCCAGUCUUCCCAGGCUCACUUUAACUCCGCAGCCAAUAACCAGCGAUCUACUAUCCCCAGCCAGCACCUGCGGGAUAGGAAGUGACAUCAGCAUAGCUUCCCUUGUUGAGCAGUGUGCUAGUCAGUUGUCUUAUAUGAAGAUCAACUUUACUCAAAAUCACUCAAGCUGUGAGGUAAGAGAUGUCCCUGUAUCUGAGCAAGGGGUAAAAAGGAACAAAGGACAAUCUCAAAAAUACCUUAAGUCAAAACACAAGAAAAGACCAGUGGCAACUACCGAGAGAGCCUUGAAUGCUAGACAUCGCUUGAGGCCGUCUAGCUUUUCUGAAGAUGUGAAACCUUCCUUUUUGGAGACUGAAGGACUUGGCUUUGUCACUACUAAUGCUUCCAAUGAUUUGGUUCUGGAAACGUACGGUUCAUGUGCUGUUGAAUCUGGUGACACAGACGUAUACCAAGCAACCAGGCCUACAUCUCUUCCUCUCAUGGCCUCUGCCUCUUUGGAGUUUUCUUGCGGAGAGGACCACCACAUUGACCAUUUAAAUGAGAUGGCAGAGGGAACUCCAGCCAAAAAGAAGCAUAGGUUGCGUCAUCGCAACAACGCUCCUGUGAAUAUUGAGGGAUCAUGCAGUGUCUUUCCAGAGGAUAGGAAAGUAGAACGAAGAUGCAGAAUGAAGAAGUAAAGGCCAUAUUAAACAGUACAGAUUCUGAUUUUGUGGAUCCUGACUGUCUCAAACUGGUUUCUUCUGUCCAGUACCUCAGCCCUCCGACCUCUCUACCAGCUGUCAAAGUCUCUAUCUUUCCUCAAGAAAUCUGACAUGUUUGCUCAUUUUACUGUCAACUCAGCAACACUGUCAGUCUGGAAUAACAACAGGUCUGUUUGUUGGAGAUGUAACAUUUGUCUGAAACCUGUCAUAUCAGUGUUUUUCUCUCUCCAUAGUUUUUCUGCAAUCACUGCUAUUUUUUUAUAUUACUCUAGUUUUCAAACCGAGGAUCAAAGACAUACUAGUGCAAUAACUAUAACACUUUAUUAAUGUCCAACGGACACAUUUUAAACUGUUGUCUUAAUAGAGAAAACUUUUUGAAACACAAGUUCACUUACGGAAUUUAAAAUACAUUGUGGGAAGUUAUACUUGCGUUGUUUUUGCAUAUCGAAACAAUCUGACAAGCUAUUUGAAAAGCUCUAUUCUGGAGUUUGGAAGAGAAAAGGCCAAUUUCCUUCAAAGGAUUGGGACAGCUGGAGACAUUGCAAUGGAAUCAAGUCUGCAUUUUCAUUUGCCCAAUUAGAGUUUAAAACAGAGACGAAUAAUUGUGUUUCAGUGAAUAAAUGAGGUAAAGUAGGCCUUUGAAAGAACGCCUCUGAUCUGGCUGAUGUGACCAGAAUUGAUGAGUGCUACCAAAAAAAGGCUCCAUUCAUACAUAGUAGGCCUCUUCACAAAGAAGGCAGGUGGCACUUUUACUUGUCGUCUUUGUCCAUUUUGGAAUGCAAUUCUGCCAGUUCGGCCUUUUUUUUUGAACUUGGUAAAUACUUCAACUCAACAACUAAACCUUGACCGCCAAAGUCCAGCUGGGGUUGUUUUUGAACAGAAUUCCCAUAAAUUCAACCCCUGGUAUGACUUUUCUAUGUCUUCACAUCUAUCUUUGAGCAGAAAGUUAUCUGCUUAAAUAUAGAUGUCUGCACAUCUAUAUUGGGGUAGAUAUCUGUAAACAUUGAACUUAACUAUUUGGGCCAUUAUUAUUCUCUUUAUGGUGAUGGAAUGUGUAUAUAAAUCAAAAUUUCAUAUUUUGAAAGGAUAAAAUCUAAGUUGGAUACCUCCAUAGAAUUGUCUGUAUGCAUGCAAUCGUUGCUCUAAUCAAAAGGAAGCCAAUUCCUAAGAAGCCCUUUGCCAAAACCUAAGCAGCUAUUAGUAAAGUAUUAUAUUUCAGGGCCUCAACCUGUUUUCCAUUAGAUCAGCAUCAACCGUAACAACAUCUGGUACAGGGAGGGUGGGUGUCAGUAUUCCAAUGGCAAUGAUAAUCCUCAAUAAAAGCACUGUAGUUUGGCAUUAAAAAUGUUAGCAUUGAACAGAAGCUUUUCAGAUAGCUUACUUGUUUUCAUAUUAUUUGAUAAAAUUGAAUUGUUAUAUGUGUCGCUGUAUUUCUUGUAAAGUUGUAAUUCUAUUACUUCUCAGGAUAAGCUGUCAAAAUCCAAGAAUUAGAUACAGAUAAUAGCAUGAAAGACUGACAAUAUCCUAAGAAUAUGAUUGACUAUAUUGCAAAACGAAUGUGUUGCAUGAUAUUGUAGGCUAUAAACUAUGUAAAGUGCAGAUACUGUUGGAAUGGUUAUUUUGACAAGUAUCAUAGGUCUGUGCAAUAUAUUGAUGUGCUUGCCUGACUGGAGUAUUAAUAAAAACCUAUUUAUGAAUC